GCCACCGCCAUGCAACUGUGUGUAGAUGACGUGGCCGAUGAACUCGACGCCCUAAGCUUCAAGUCCACUGUCACCACCGCCAGCGGCGGCUCCGAGACCGCCAAUUGGGCUGCCCCUGCCAACCUGACACUAUCAUCUACCAAGCCCCACGUGAAAUCCGGCGACCCGUGUUGGGACGCCAUCCGCCGCGCCCGGUCUGCCGACCCGAGCCUCGGCGGGCUGAGGGUAAUCCGGCAGCUCGGGAGCGGGGACAUCGGGAGCGUGUACCAAGUGGAGCUAAAGUGCGCCAGAGGGUCUGAUUUCGCAGCAAAAGUGAUGGAUAAGAAAGAGCUAGAAGGGAGGGACAAAGAGAGAAGAGCGAGGACAGAGAGGGGAAUACUGGAGUUGUUGGACCAUCCGUUUUUGCCCACGCUUUACGCCACACUGGACUCACCCAGGUGGUGUUGCUUGUUGACUGAGUUUUGUCCUGGCGGCGACCUCCACAUUCUCCGGGAACGACAGCCAGAGAAAAGGUUUGAUGCCGCCUCCGUCCGGUUCUAUGCAUCAGAAGUGGUGGUUGCCCUAGAAUACCUCCACAUGUUGGGGAUAGUCUACCGCGAUCUCAAGCCCGAAAACAUACUUGUAAGAGCAGAUGGUCACAUCAUGUUGACCGAUUUCGACCUCUGCCUAAGUUCAACAUCAAUGGCCCAGAUUGUCUCUGAUCAUCAGCACAAGCAAAUCCCGCGCUUGUCAAGCGAUCGUGGUUCCAUCGAUCCUUCCUCUGCAAAUUCAGAUUGCAUGCCGCCCAGUUGCAUCGCCCCUGCCGUCUCGUGGUUCCGUCCGAAACGCAAGCGCCAUCGGAGCUGGCCGGGUCCUCGUGGGAGCCAGCAGCUUGCCAUAGUGGCGGAGCCAAUGGACGCCCGGUCGAUGUCGUUCGUCGGGACCUACGAGUAUUUAGCACCGGAGAUCAUACUCGGGGAGGGGCAUGGUAGCGCAGUGGAUUGGUGGACCUUGGGGAUAUUCAUUUUUGAAUUCUUCUAUGGCGUGACGCCGUUUAAGGGUACGGACCACGAGCAUACCCUAGCAAACAUUGUGGCUCGAGCGCUCAAAUUCCCUAAGAAGCCACCCUUGGCCGAACCGGCCAAGGACUUGAUCACACGGCUGUUGAUCAAGGACCCCAAGAAACGAAUGGGGUCCACAAUGGGAGCCACGGCGAUCAAGUGCCACCCGUUCUUCGAUGGGGUAAAUUGGGCACUUUUGAGAGGUGUGACGCCGCCGUUCCUUCCACGGCCGAUAGCUUAUCAAAAAUCUGUUGCCGGAGAUGAUUUUCCCGAUGCUUCAAUUGAGUACUACUAGCUCUAUAGUUGCAACUAAGUUUACAUGGCCAAGAUGUAAUAAAAUGUGUGACACUUUAAUAAUUCAUGCAUACAUACGAGAGGUCAAGUAUUUUUUUUCCCAAUGUAAUAGGUACUGAAAUAAA